CCUCCGGACCGGUAGUACAAUGCGGUGCGAGUGUCGCGUAUUUGUGCUUACUGGUGCUUGUGCAAUUUUGUGUUUUAUGUUUAGUGUAGUGCAACCAUCUUGUGUUGUUUUCUAAGUGAUACUUCACUCUACAACUGUCCAACAAGAUAUGUCCUUCACUUUAAAUGUGUAGGGGGACAAUACAUCCUUUAUUUACUUUAGUGUUUGAAUGAUUUAGGAUCUUUAAAUUCUCGAAUACAUUAUUACUUUUAUUUAUAACGUUUAGCGAUCAAAUAGCACGUUAUUUUGUAUUGGUUCAUUAUUAUUAGUAUUAGUAUUAAAUUUAUUGUUGCUUCAUAUUAACUGCAAUGACAGAAGGUUCCAUUAGUUCGUAUUUAACCACUUACUAUAUUGUAACGAGUAAAUAGAUAAAUUUGUUUACUCAUUAAACGCGAACCCCUCAAAAUUUGGACUGUUGACUUUUGAACGAAUGCAAAGAAGUAAGGAAUAUAAUAUAAUAUAGUAGGAACGUAAGAAAUAAGGAAUGUAACCGUAUACGACCCCAGAAAAUAACCCAACGACAAUUUUGGGUUGUAGCUUAUUCGUAGACGAAAAAUAAUUACUUUUACGUUUUAUCGUUUCUUAAAAAAAUGUUCAGACUUUACUUGUUACUUAUACCUACUGCGUAUCUCUGGGAAACCUUUCUGUGCUACGAAUACGGGCCAUACCCAUCGGCACGGAUUGUGGAUACCAAGCAGGGACAGCUGAAAGGAACCAUCAGGACUCUGAGGAACCUGGACCCUGUGGAAGUGUACCUCGGUAUCCCGUACGCAGCGGCUCCUGUCGGUUCCCAACGCUUCAUGCCACCCGCCUCGCCGCCACCUUGGUCAGGCGUGCGGAUAGCUGACUCCUUCGGCCCUGUGUGUCCUCAGUCGUUCCCGCCCAAACCGGCUACUACAAUCCCGACCGGCCGCUGGGGCUACAUGGACCGAGUCAGACACUUCCUGAGUAACCAGAGCGAGGACUGUCUAUACCUCAACGUCUACGCUCCUGUCAGAGAUCACGGCCAUAACCUGUGGGAAAAGCCUCCACCCAGCAAUUUGCCUGUGAUGGUCUUUAUCCACGGAGAGUCAUUCGAGUGGAACUCCGGUAACCUGUACGAUGGCUCGGUGCUCGCCAGCUAUGGCAAGGUCAUCGUUGUCACUGUCAACUUUCGCCUUGGCAUCCUAGGGUUUCUGAAGCCUGGUGUAAGUGCCCACGUUCCCAGCAACUUCGGGUUGUUGGACCAGGUUGCAGCUCUAGAAUGGGUCAAGAGCAAUAUUAUCCAGUUCGGGGGCGACCCUCGCAGCGUCACCCUCAUGGGUCACGGCACCGGCGCAGCCUGCGUCAGCCAUCUCAUGAUCUCACCCUUGUCCCAGGCUGAGGGCAACAGAGGUGGGCUGUUCCAUCGAGCGAUACUAAUGAGCGGCACUGCGUUGGCAGAUUGGGCUUUAACUUCCAACCCCGUGCAAGUGACCAUACAAGUGGCACAGGCCCUCAACUGUCCGGACUCCGAGGACCGUAUGGCCGACUGUCUACGCAGGAAGCGACUUCACGAGCUCACCUCUGUUGAUGUUCAAGUGCCUCCCUUCAAGACACCUUUUGGACCCGUUGUCGACGGUCAUGUGGUACCCAACGAACCCUCAGUCAUCAUGAAACAUUACACCAGCAUGCUGCAACAGUUUGACAUGAUGAGCGGACUGACGGAGAUGGAGAGUUACAACCUGCUUAGUGACGUCGCUCUCGUAGUUGGCCUCACUGAGAACGAGUUUAUUGAAAAGCUUAACGAGUUUUUUAAUGCGAAAUAUGAGAAGUUGCCAGAGCUAGCGCGGACGAAGGCGAUGGCUUACUAUCGCACUUGGGAGAAGACGAGAUCAGGAUCGCCAGCCCAAGGUUAUCGGGACACUCUGCUGCAGAUACUCAGUGACGCGAGGGUGGCAGCUCCAGUGGUCAGGACAGCUCAGUACCACUGCAACGUCAACCCCAAGUCAUACUUCUACGUCUUCCAGCAUGGGACCAAUUACGCCAAUCUCCGAACAUGGAUCCAGCAGUCAGUACAGGGUGAGGAACUACCGUACGUGUUUGGCGUGCCGCUCGAGACGCGCGGCUUACACUACGACACUAGCUACAACCAGCAGGAGAAGCUGCUCUCCGAAGUAGUUAUGACACUUUGGACUAACUUCGCAAAAACAGGGAAUCCCAACGCUCCGCGCAGACACAACUUCCAGACCCAGAGUCACAGUGACUGGCGGCAGUACGACGUGGAGUGGCCAGAGUUCGAGCAGAUAGACGAGAAGUAUUACAGCAUAGGUAUUCCACCAUCCAUACAAAAACUCUACCGCCAGCGACAAAUGAAUUUCUGGAACCAUGAUCUUCCUUUGUCAUUAAACCGAUCAGACAUAUAUAUAAACCCGCCCCACUUUUCUCCUGAACCAGACAUAAGAGACAAGGACAUAAUUACAUCACAACAGGGUACGGAUGGUAAAAGCCCUCCACCACCACGAAUACACUACGAUCCUAUCACCUUUAUGCCUCCUGUUGAACCAGAAAUGAGCGUACCUGAGGAAACCAAGGAGCAUCCUGAUCCAGAUGGGCAGAGUACUCGGUUAAACGCUAUAGCCUCAUCUGUUACUCUAAGUAUCGUAAUUUUAGUUGGAAUCAGUUUCCUUGUAGUAAACCUGUGCGCUUUUGCUGGUCUUUACUAUCAGCGUGACAAACUGAGAGUCAGAGAAAGAAUCGUUAAUACUCGAUAUAGAUGCGUAAACGUAGGAACAGAAGACGACGAUAUGGAAGACCACUACAUGAAGACUGAGUCUCGUCCAGUAGCUGCUGGAACUACCAGAGACACAAAAAAUGCUGAAAUUAAGAGUAUUUUGAAAUCCAGUGAAGGUAUCUAUGAACAAGUAAAAUCCGGCAGUGUUAAAACUGCUAGUGUAGGUAAAGCAGGAAAAAGGAUGGGAAUUUCCAGGCAAGCAAGCAGUAGUACCGUUACGAUAGACCCUCAUACAAAAGUGAAGGAGUGGAUCGCGCAAGAAAUUGUUCAGAGGUGUUCGCCAAGAAUUCUUAGGAAAGGCAAAAAAACUGAUUUAAAAGUAGGAAGUUGUGAUACAUGUGCAGACCAGUUAGAUCAGAUAUCUAAUAAAACUUUAGAUUCCAAUACAUCUAAAGUUGGAAGCCUUUCAAUGCUUCCAAAACCAAAAGCCAAAAAAGUAUCCGUGGCUAUUGAUGCGACUCCAGCCACAAGAUCAGCAAGUGUCCUGCAGCAGACUCCAAUAGAACUUACUAAAUCGAUGGAUGAAGGUCUGGCACUUACGUAUUUAUCUCCCAGUCCAUACAGUGAUAGCUUAAAAGCUUCUACUUCAAUGGUAACUAUUUUAAAACGCCCAUCUUUACAACGUUCAGAUGCCAUGAACUCAGAUGAGUCAAUAAGUGAAAGAGUUGAGCCUUUGAGGAGAAGUACUAGUAUAAAUCUGCAAGUAUCUGCAAAAUCAGACAACACUCCCAUUGUCGCUCACUUUCAUUCUCGAUCAGACCCUGUGCCUUACAGAUCUGGCAGUUCUAAUCCAAUCAAUGUUCACAUAUCACCUGACAAAGGUCCUUGUGAUGUUCUGUAUAGUCAAGUACAAAAGCGGCCCAAAGUCGCUACUCCAGCACAACUAACACCAACUCGUGAUAAGCACUUUGAUAUAAACGUAACUUCCCGAGACGAUCUGCCGGAGGGUACAGAAGUAUCUGCUGAAGAAGCGUUAGACAACAUAAAAAGAAGAAAUUAUCCCAAAGUACUUCCAGAUUAUCCUGACGAAGAGGACUUUCAUCUUCAAAAGGCAACUAAAAGACGGUCUUUGCCUUUAAGUUCACAUUUUAUAACGGAUCCUGGAGGGAUUGAAGAAGGGAGUUACAGAGGGGAUAUUCCAUUAUCAUUGAAGGUUCCACCACCUCCUCCGCCUAGAGUUUCUACUCUCGGAAGAAAACAUUCAAACACAUCUCCAGUAACUCCAAUAUCAACAUCGCAGCUCACUGUUAAUCUAAAACCAACAGUGAAGAGCAACGUUCCUGUAGCAGUAAGAAAUCCAGUUACAUCAUCAAACACCCCCAUCCGUCCUGCAACACACAUUGUUGAUAAUGUUCCUCCUCACUCUCAGAUUAAAAGAAUAGAACCGAGAGUUAUUAUUAAGCCUACUAUGAACCCAAUUACAAGUAAAAAGGAUAAGCAAAGUAACGUUUCAAACAUACCAAGGGUAACUCCACAACAGCCUUCCACAUUCGGAUCAUCGAAGGAUUUAUCUGCAAGGCCCCCACCAUCUACAUCUUCCAAGCUUCCUGAGAUGGGGAUGGGCAGAAAAGCUAAAAUCACUCCAAUUAAAAAGACAGUAUCGACAGAAACAGCCCUAGAUUCUUGUGAAAAUACUGCAGGUACUAUUAAAAGACUUAACAAGUAAUUCUACGCAUUUAUACAUCUUUGCUUUAGAUAUUCGUUACCUCAACUUAUUUUAUAACAGUGUAUGUCAAUAUGAUGUCUUUUUCAAUAAAAAUAUUUUGUAACUGUGA